UGUGACGUCAGGGGCGGGGCGCGGAGGGAGGAACGGUAGUUGGGAGGCCGCUCGGUCGCCCGGGAGGAGGGGCUCGAGGAUCAAGAUGGUUUACAUCGCGAACGGACAAGUGUUGGACAGCAGGAGUCAGUCCCCAUGGAGAUUAUCUUUGAUAACAGAUUUCUUCUGGGGAAUAGCUGAGUUCGUGGUUUUGUUUUUCAAAACUCUGCUUCAGCAAGAUGUGAAAAAGGGAAGAGGCUACGGAAACUCAUCUGAUUCCAGAUAUGAUGAUGGAAGAGGGCCCCCAGGAAACCCUCCCAGAAGAAUGGGUCGAAUUAAUCAUCUGCGUGGCCCCAGUCCUCCUCCAAUGGCUGGUGGAUGAGGAAGGUAA